GACAUGAAUCCAAUUGGCAUGGUGGCAUGACCUUAAAAAGGCCGCUCAUAUCUGAAAAUCCUCCAUUUUUGCUGAAUUAUAACUAUUCUGCAAGAAAGAGUGGGCCCAAAUAUCUCCGCAGAGAUGUGAAAGACUCAUUGCCAGUUAUAGUGAGUGCUUGAUUUUAGUUGUUUCUACUGAGGAUGGCCCAACUAGUUAUUAGGUUUAGGGGCCCUUUACCUUUUUACACCUUUUUUCCUUAAUAAAUGAAAUCACCAUUUCUAAACAGCAUUUUAAAUUCACUUGGGUUAUAUUUGUCUGAUACUUACAUUUGUUUGAUGAUCUUAAACAUGAACGUGGGGAAACUGCAAAAAUCUAAGAAUUUGAGAAGGAGGCCAAUACAUUGUCACAGCGCUGUAUGUGUGCAAAUGUUAUGCCACCUAAAAUAAGAUUGUGCUACCUCUGAAUGAUGACGUAAGGAUUCUGGUGACUGACCAGCGACUUUAAUUCCAGCCAAGAACUCAACGGACAACAUAAAAUGAGUCACAGUGUUUUCCGUAUGACAAGGUUCUAUCCACGAUCAUCCUGCUGAGGAGCCUUUUAACUCACUUUCUGGACCAUUUGGCCAAGAUGUUUUACUACCCCGUUGUUUUAAAGCGAGGCACUGGAUGUUUCUCGACGAUUUGGCUUGCUGCGACGAGGGGCAUCACCGUUCCGUGCCGGGAGGUUCUGAAAGUCAACGUUAAACAGACCUGCGACGACAUCAUGAACUACAUCCUGGAGCUGGUCCCGCCCCCUCAGCCCAGCCUGCCGCGGCCUCGCUUCUCCCUCUACCUGUCCUCCCAGCUCCAGUACGGCGUGGUGGUGGUCUUUCACCGCCAGUGUGUCAUCCUUCUACAGGAACUCCAGUCCGUUGUUGGCAAGCUGUUGAAGCAUAUAGGGUCCAAGAAGCUCGACAUGGAAGAUCCGGGCAGACAAAGGCUCUUAACGGAUGGUCUGGCUCACCUGGAUGAGACUGAGGUGCCACUGGACCCUUUCUUUGGAGUGAUGGACGAGUUCAUGCCGAGUCCCAGCGCUCUGAUGCGGAUGGCAGAAACUCCUGAGCGACGGGCCUCUCCUCCGAAACCUGAACCAGCUCGGACACCCUCAAUUUCACCAAUGAGCAGAAUCACCGCAUCUCCACAAAGGAUCACCAUGAGAGAGCCACCCACUGCCUUCUCUGUGCCAGAGUUUGUUGGCCAAGAUCUGGAAGACAACGUUACGGAUACAGUUGACAUUCUGAUGGCCCAACAUGACGACUACCUGGAGGAUCUGGUGAGGCCUGAGGCGACUCCAGCAGCAGAAGCAGAGAUGGAGCGAGAGAGGGGACCAGAGAAGGAGCCAGAGCCUGGGAAAGAGAGAACAGCCACAACGCUCGAAGUGGAUCCCACAACUGUGUCCAGCGGGGAGCCCACCUUGCUCCCCCAGGAUGGGCCCUUGGGGAUGCCUCACCCCCUGGCUGAUCAGCAGACCCCCGUGUCCGCCCCCCCGCUUUCCUCACCGUCACCAGCGGCUGCAGCGCGGGAACCAGCAAUUCCAAAGAUGAAGGCUGCGCCCCACCCAGAGGAGACGGACCCGAAGAGGAAGAGGCCGAGGAAGACGGGGAGGCAACUGAUCUUCUCGGACCCAGAGACGCAGAUUCCCCGUGAGGAGCUGGACCAGCAGAUCAGGGACUCCCUGUUCGAGACUAGGAUGCGGCCGUUCCCCCUUGCUGAAUCGCAGAGGUUGAAAACAGCUAGUGAGCUGCUCAGCGAGCCAUUUGGGGUCUUACCCGAAGAGUUGUUGUUGCUAUGGAGACAGGCCGCCACCAUUACGCCUAUCGCCAGCACUGCGCUUUGGCCGGGUGAUCGAGACGUGGAGUCCAGUGAUUCUGAGCGAGAGCGAGAGAUGUUGGAGGCGGCCGAGAGGGAAGAAGGGGGACCUGACGUCAGCGCUGCUGAGGUCCCUAGAGAUGCAGCAGAAUCCGAUGCACUCGUGAUGUCAGCUCUUAGUUCACUUCCAUUGGAGGCGUCCGACCAAAGGGAGGUUCCUCGAGAGGUCUCCCCCAUGUAUCCAUCAGACCAAGAUAGUUCCAGAUCUGGCGCCCCACUGCAGGAUAUCACGGAAAUGUUGGGGAGAACAACAGAGUCUCUCUGGCCGUUGCUGGAGUUGGAAGAACAAGAGGAGAAAGCUGUGCUUUUUCGCAGUCUCCUUCCGCCAGAUGCUGACCGCAGGAGUGUCAGCAACAUUUUCCAGAAGCUCCUUGUGAUUUUGGCGACCCGGAAGUUGCUUGCGGAGCAGAUGGAGCCAUAUGAGGACAUCUUGAUCUUUCCUGGCCCCAACUACGAAGCGGAACCUCUGUCUUUGUGAAACCAGCAACUGUUGUUCAGUCUGUUCAUACUCGUUAUUAUAGAGGCCAAACACUUUUUCAAAAUUUUAAAAAUGUAACUGUUGUACUGUUCUGUUUGUAGAUAAUCGCAGCAGCCUGAAGUUCCCAAUGAUUCUUGUCAGUUGUUUUACAGGCCAAACAGUUUUCAAAAUUUUAAACCAUGUAACCGUUGUACUGUUCUGUUUGUAGAUAAUCGCAGCAGCCUGAAGUUCCCAAUGAUUCUUGUCAGAUGUUUUACGGGCCAAACAGUUUUAAGAAAAAAAUCAACAAAUGGAACAGUACCGUUGUGUUUUUACAUAUUCACAGCACAGUGGGCUGACCUUACUAAUAUUAGUCCCUUGUUAUACAGGCCAAACAGUUUAGCAAAAAAGAAAAUGUAACAAUUGUACUGUUGUGUUUUUGCAUAUUCACAGCGGCCCCGACCUUCUCAAUAAAGCAAGUUAAACAGCC